AUGAAAAGGUCCAAACCGAAUCUACUCCUAUCGCGGGUACUUCUGACGUUGUAAGUUUCCAAUGUUUCAUACAUUUUCAUCGAAACUUAUUGCAAAGAUGUACCAUUUCGAACUGUUUACCGCACACUCAACCGAACAUCUACAAAUUGAUACAAGAAACAAACACCCUGCCACCAACUGCAAACGUCUCCGCACCCCUCGAUGUCAAACUCGGAAUGUACCUGGAGAGCCUGGGCAAUUUUCGAUCGUCGGAAAUGGUACGUUAGUCCACCGCAGACCUCAUAAGUCACCAUGUUUCAGUCGUUUGACGUUGAUUUAUAUGUGUACAUGUCAUGGCGGGACGCUCGUCUGGCGCAUAAUUUCUCCGACUACGUUCUCAUCAAUAACGAUGCAAUCCGCAAACAGAUAUGGUGAGUUGUCGGGACUUGUGAGCAUCAAACAACUGAGUUAUUUAGGCUACCUGAUUUGUACUUUGCGAAUGCCAGACAAGCGCACUUUCAAGAGGUCACCGUGCCCAAUUUCAAUAUGUUUGUGGCUCCGGAUGGAACCGUCGCCUACUCGUGUAGGUGCACGUUGACAGUUGCAUGUAGUCUGAAUCUGAGGUACAAAAAUCAAGGGUAGUUAAGUUUUGAAAACAGCAACAUUAUUCAGAUACUAUCCAAUGGAUCAGCAGUUGUGUUCAAUCAGAGUUUUGAGCUGUGAGCUAAACAUUUACAUCCAGGGCGGAGCAAUUGGCUUGCCUGGGCCUAGACUUUUAGACCACUGGCAAUAAUCCUAUUGAACUCUACUUCAAUCCAAGUUCAAGAAGUUUGCAAAGAAUAGUCCAAAAGUCUAGGCCCAUGCAGGCCUCCGAAAAGCUCGGACCGGCCAAUGCCUGUUUGGAUCUAUUAUUGUAUAAACUAAUGUUUUCAGACGCAUACAUUGCAAAACAAGUGAAUGUGACAUGGUUUGACAAGAACCCAAUAAGAUUCAACGAAGAAAUAGGACUGCCCGAGUUUAUGAUCGAUCAUGUAUCCAAAGCAUACUGUAAUGGCUCAUAUCAAUACGCUCUUACUGCAGAUUCUUACAAAUCCGGUAGAAAUUUCAUUUCAUUUCAUGAAUUUCAUAUCUUGACCAUUUGUCCGUUUUCAGAUGACUUUAGUUGCCUGUCGGGGAAUCUGUACCUUUCACGUUCGAUUGGUUACAAUCUAGUGCAGUCGUACAUUCCAACGGGCCUUAUUGUGAUGAUAUCGUGGGUAUCGUUUUGGAUCGACCGACGCGGUAGGUCAAAAGUCGAAUGGCAAACUUUCAGUGAGUCGAAAUAUGUGUAUUGCAGCUGUCCCGGCUCGUGUUACUUUGAGCUUCACGACAUUAGUUUCUCUGACGACACUGGUGAGUUCAAACUAGACUAAUUGAGGAGCAGGAGUGACGUUAUGGGAAAUUGCAGGGAAAUGGCCUUCGGUUCGGUCUUCCUCAAGUGAGCUAUGCAAAGGCAAUUGACUUGUGGUACGGAGGUAUCAAAGAACAUAUCCCUCGGGAACUAGUCCACAUUUUUCAAAUGCCUUUCAGCGUGCAUGUUCUUCGUCUUCUGUGCCCUUUUGGAGUUUGCCACUAUCAACAGUUACAUGCGAAAGUCCGAAAAGUUCGAUAGUAUGGCAAAGAAGAUGCAAAGCGUGGUCUUGACGGGAAGAAGUAAGAAAAGAAGGAUACCGCGCAUAAAGCAUGAGCCAUUCCACACUUCUCGCAGUAUUUCUAUCCGAUAUCCUUUGUUCGAAUAAUUUUCUUUACAGACUUUGCACUUUGCACGAACCGAAUAGUUUCUUGCACCCCAAACCUUUCCGUUUACCACUUCUAUCUCUAUCGCACCACACUGUUUCAGAAAUAAGUAUUUAGUUUUGUUAAAUCAGAAAUUCCAGCAAGGGACUAUUUGGUUCGCGGAAUCAAAGAGAGCAUGCGGAUUGCAGGAGGUGCUGCAGGAAAUGCAGCGGACGCACUUAACGAUGAUUGGUGUACUUAUUCGACCGAGAACGGACGUAAGAGCUUCUCUGCAAUGUGUUCAAACAUUCUAGAGGGAGCCGGCAAUGCAGUUUCUCCCCGUAGAAACCGAUACAGAGGUGUAGACAGUGUCUAUGAGUGUAGUCUUUCUAACUAACUUUUCAUUUUCAAACUGCAAAAAGAAGUUUGAACAGAAACAUUUUCUCUAACAGUUUGGGCUGUGGUUUUACCUAACUUCCUGCUAACUUCUUUCCCUUGUCGUUGUCAAAUCACAUGUGAAUUUGUCGUACCCCUGUUUGUAACUAGUUCCCUUUCCCUAUCAAUACUUUGAUCCCGGAUAUUGCUCUCGCUCCAUCCGCCCACACAUACAUUAACAAUUGUUUUUCAGUUCCUUAAUCCCUCAUUUGCUCCCUUCUUAUUACCGAAAUAUCUCUUUUCAUUUCGCCUGAGCCAACAUCGUUUGGUCCAUGACACGCUAUAAUCUGAUCGUUAGCACCCUAACUGGAAUAAUCCGUUUUGAACACUAAUUAGUGUUUUGACGAAUAUGCGUGGGAGAGAAAAAGUGUGUUCUUGAUAAUUUGUCUGAGAAUUCAGUAUCUACAAGUUUGAUCAUUGAAUGUUUGAUUUCUAGGACUAAAGACUCAGAAGAGUCCGAGAAACUUCGGGAAGCCGGACACUGUCCAGGAUAUUCUGAGCGAGAGGAUUAAAUUCAUUGACAACGAUUUUGAUUUCGAUACGAAAGAUGACGAUGGUGAACAAAAGGGGAUUAGCAAAUCCAAUUUUCAUCAGACAGAGAUUCCAGGAAUGGCCAUGUCGAUCUAUGACAAUGUCUCGUGCAGGAAAGACGACGCGGACUCGAGUUCCGGUCAGAGAUCAUCUGAAUUGAACUUUGUAAUCUACUUGUUACAGAGGAGACAAAAUUUGGGACGAAAACAAAAACCAAUGGCACGCGGAAGUACAUUGACAAGAGCUUGAACCAUGCGAGUCAGAACGAAAGCCUCAUAGCAGCCACUUAUUUCCAGGUAAAGCGGUUGAAAAAACUAUAGAACUGUAAAAAUAUCUGAUUGUUCAAAAGUCCCUGACAACAACGAUAACGUGCCAGAAAAUAGUUCCUGCCUUAAUCCAGAUGACAUUAACCGACUGAUUGUUAUACAUGAACACGUAUGAGAUCUCGAGUUGUUUAUCAGUUGAUGAUGUUUCUGGAGUGUCGUCAAUUGCGUAGCCAGUGCCAGUCCGUAUCAUUCUCUUACGACUUUGCCAUCACGUUUCCUCAAAAUCCCUUUAAUUCCUUUUGAAAAAUAUGUAUGACCUCGCAAACAAAACGGAUAAGUAAACAUCAUGCUCAGAAACUAUUUCCUCAUUUCUGUCUUAUCACGAUUUGGAACUGUAAAAGUGCAAAGUGAUGAAAUCAAACGCAAAUUCGAGUCAUCAAAGUCUUUCUAUUGCAGAUCUCCGCGAAUCACUCCCGCCACGCUCUGAAGAUUGAUAAGACGUGUCGGUACCUGUUUCCGCUGUCCUUCCUCAUUUGGAAUGCGUUCUACUGGUGGUACUAUCUGGUGUACACCAAGACGGUCGUGGAUAAAAACACCUAA